AUGAGUCUACCAACACGAGGAAAGGUGCAUUUCGUCUAUCUCACAGAUCCUUCAAAGGCAGCUAUCUCGUCACAUAAAGCGGCUAAAUCUCAUGCCGCGCGGCACGGACAUGCAAGGAUACGGAGGCAGCGAAUGAACGAAUACCAUGAGGAGAAGCAGAAGGGAGAAGGAAGCAGUCAAGCGCCCCAGAAAGCCGCAGCAGAGUCCUCAGCUGGCGGCAGCCGCUCAGCCUUGGCGGCAAACCCACGUUCCAGCUCUAAUCAGAAUGAAGCCAGUCGUGAAAUGGUUCUUCAUCUUCCUCAAGCUUCUCAAUCUCCUAGUUUGGAAACAUCUCCACUGUCUUCGAUGCCCAAGGACAUCUACUCCGUCUAUGGCGCCGACCUUGACACUACCCAACAAUUUCUCCUCUAUCACUAUGUCAGCUUUGUUAUCCCAUUCGGGAAACGGCAUUGCAAGAAGUACACAGACUCUAAUGUGUGGAAACGUUUCAUGCUCACCGAGCUGCUUCCGGCUGCGUUGGCGAACCCAGGAUUACUGAGCGCAAUCUUACUUUCUGCUUGCCGAAGCCUUUUUGAAGAGGCCAAGAACAAUCGUUUCGUGCAGUUAGCUACAUACUACAAGCUCGCUUGCCUGCGAUCGAUGAGUGAACUGCUCGCAGCUCAAGAUCCGCCGGUGGGUGACCCGGCAAUCGCCCAAGUCUCUUUGCUUGCGGCAGACGAACUCAAUAUCGGUGAUAAAGAUACCUCGAAGCAGCACAUGGACGCUGCCAAUAGGAUGGUUCUUAUGAAAGGAGGCAGCGCAACGCUUGGUAUGAAUGGCUUCCUCAAAGCUAUAGUGGAUACAUUGACUUGCGCAUUAUCACGGCGAGAUCCGAUGUCUUGCGACAUGACUGAAUGA